GAGCGCCCCAGAACUCAGGGCACGCUGGCACCACCUGUGCCUUCGCCCCACGUAAAAUUUGUUAAAGAGCCUAUGGGGCUGUGGGACCUGUACCCUCUGGAGGACUCCAUACACACCCUCUGCCCUGACGGAGAGGAAAUUUCCAAGCCGGAGACAGGGAGCAAAGUCCUAUCCCAGAGGACGGGGAGACUCGUGUCUGCAAUGGCUGGGCGGAGAUAAAAGGCCAGUACCCCCGGAAGCACCCCUCAGAGCUGGUCAGCCAUGGACGCCCUGGUCCAGCUCCUGCGGCUGCUGCUUCUGCUGCUCACCCUGCCCCUGCAUCUGAUGGCUCUGCUGGGCUGCUGGCAGCCCCUGUGCAAAAGGUACUUCCCCCACCUGAUGGCCGUGCUGACUCCCAAGUGCAACCGCGUCAUGGAUAGCAAGAAACGGGAGCUCUUUGGCCAGAUAAAGGUACCUACAGGGGCCUCGGGGAAGGUGGCCCUGCUGGAGGUGGGCUGCGGCACUGGUGCCAACUUCAAGUUCUACCCAGCUGGCUGCAGGAUCACCUGCCUGGACCCAAACCCCAAUUUUGAGAAGUUCCUGACCAAGAGUAUGGCUGAGAAUAGACAUCUCGAAUACGAACGGUUUGUGGUGGCUCCCGGAGAGGACAUGAAAGAGCUGGCUGAUAGCUCCAUGGAUGUGGUAGUCAUCACCCUGGUGCUGUGCUCUGUGCAGAGCCCAAGGAGGGUCCUGCAGGAGGUCUACAGAGUGCUGAGGCCGGGAGGAGUGUUUUUUUUCUGGGAGCAUGUGGCUGAGCCGCAUGGAAGCUGGGCCUUCCUGUGGCAGCAAGUGCUUGAGCCCACCUGGAAACACUUCACGGAUGGCUGCUGCCUCACCAGAGAGACCUGGAAAGAUCUGGAGAGUACCGGGUUCUCUCAACUCCAAAUGGAACGACAACCCCCUCCCCUCAAGUGGCUACCAGUUGGGCCCCACAUCAUGGGAAAGGCCGUGAAAUAACUCUUCCCCAAGUCCUGCCUCCAGUCAGAACAAUCCCACCUACUGGCCACGUCUACCUUCUACUGAGAGGGAUCCAGAGAGAAGCCAUUGCCCUUCCCCCCACGCCUCCUUCCUCCACCUCUCUCUGGGGGAAUCUAACUUCAACCCUUCCGUCCACAGUGAAAAAGUUCUAUUCCUACCCUGACCACAGGGAGGAAACAGUUA